AUGAAAAAUCCGACGAUCAAGAAUCACAUCAUUGAAAAUACGUUGAAAACCCUUUCAAAAGAGGUAGAGUCAUUAUGUUCGAGAAAUAAUCCUUCGCUUUUGAGAAAGUCAGGCAAAGAGGAUCUGGCCAAGUUCGACUUCCAACUUCUAUGCAACGAGUGGAGACAGAGAGCACCACUGUUCUUCUCGUUCUUGAUGACUUCGGCAGUGAACAAAAGGACUAAAGAGUAUUCAUGGUUCUCAAGCGUAGCCAUAGCGGGAUCAGUACUUCUAAAACAGAGGAGUGAGAAAAUGGAUGCCACUGCUUCGUUUCUUGGCAUACUUCUCAAGUCAAAGUCAGUAGAGGCAAGUGAAGUCUUAUGGAAGCUUAUAUAAUUUUUUUUAAUAGUUGAUAGUUUGAAAGAAAUCUUGCAUGAUGCAUCUACCCCCAUGAUGGUUUCAAAAACUUUGAUUGUACGUUUAAUACACUGUCAUUAAAUACCAGCAGUUAGUUACAGUGUCGGAACACUUGGAAACACUAAUAAACACGGUCAUAUAUCCCAGUUAAUUUGCAGUGCAGUAGCUCAGUAAACGUAAUAAUAGAAAGGACUUGCAUUUGCAACAGAAAGAGCACAAAAUUUUCCUUGAAAACUUCAUCUUCUACAACUCCCAGAGAUCUAUCCAAGUUUGCUUCCUUAACCCUUUAAGUCCUAAAAAUAUCAGCAUGCAGUUGAUAAUUCUAAAUUUUUCCUUCUCUUUAGUUUUAACAUAGCACUAUAGAUGGACAGUUUCGAACCUUAUGUACAUAUAUUUUGCUUGCUCAACAGUCAACCAUCGGCAGAUUUAACAAGAUGAAACUGACUAAUGCAAAUUUCAGUAUACUGAGAAAACUAGAUGAGCUAGGCGAGAACCAUGAUGCAGCUAUUGUCCAGGUAAAACAUCAUGUUUCAAAUCAAAACAAAGAUCUGAAGACUGCUCAAGAGAAAUGUGAUGCUGUCUUGCUAACACAUGCUUCCCACACCCACUGUUCUUUAGAAUGUCAAGAUGAAAUCCAGCCGGGUAUGAGAAAGCUUUUUGUGAGUCUUAUGAGUUGAUGACUUCUGAGUAAAGUUAUAAGUUGGGUCAGGGUUAAGCAUUGACUAUAUGGAUCAGUGGUAUGCACUUACUAUAGUAAUAUUAAUUUGUAUCUUGCAAUCAAUAUCAAAGCAGAUCAGAGAGAAUCAAGUUGUUGUACUUGACUCAUGACUCAUUUCCACUUAUUUUUCAUCAGCCAAAAGGGAGAAAGAUGAAAUACAAAAGGCAGCACACCCAGGCUUCGUCAUUUCGUUUGACAACUUGGAUAUCCAUUUGGAUCGAAAGAACAUGACUAUGGAGUCACAGAACAAGGACUUCCUCUGGGUAAACCAUCAGAUGGUGGAGAACAGAGUCUCUGGGGCUAUGUUGGAUUCUUCAGCUCCAAAAAGUAACCUACUUGAUGUUUGUAAUUUGAGGUUUUUGCCAUCAAUGGAGGAACAGAAAUGUCAGAGGUUGAACUACGUUGUCCUGUGUUCUAGAAUACUGGUUAAUUACUUUGAUGUCUUAACGCCUUUGGCUGAUGCCUGCAUCCAGCACAUUCCUCAUAAAUAUACAAGUGAAUUAUCCAAGAAAACAAAGAAGGUUUGUUUUAAAAUCUACCAUAGUUGAAUCAACUCCAGGGCCUGGUUGGUAAAAGCAGGAUUAAGAGAACCAAGGAUAAGCACGAAAUUUGACUUCAAAUCUAAAUGCUUGCAAAGCAAAUUCUUGCAGUUGAUUCUUUCUGCCUAUAAGCUCUAAAAUUAUAGGUAAAAAUGAACAGAAAACAUGCUUUUGAACGAAAGAAACAGGUGCCUGGGUUAAAUUUAACCUUGGAUUAGUGAUUAGCAAAAGCUGGAAUAAAACGUUUGAAUUUAUGAACAUGUAGGGCAGAAUAAUCUUUUAUUUGGUUUAAACCAAUCUGUGGUAAUGAUGUUUGGUUUCAUAAAAUUUCAUUACCCAUCCUGAGAAAGGUGACAAAAAAUUCUGGGGGGGGAUGGGGUCGGGGGGGGGGAGAGGGGCUAUUAAAGGUCUAGAUAGCAAACACAGAAAGAGUAUUUUAUCUCGAGUCUUGUGUAAAAGCAGUACAUUAGUAAAGUUUGUCAACUUUUGGCAGUAUGAAGCUAAAUAACAUGGUAAUUACCUGAGGGGUUAAAAAUGUUCCUGCAGGUUAUUAUCAUAGUAUGCACACAUAUGCAUCUAACUGUAACAACUAAGUGUUUGUAAUAAUGUAUUUCAGGUUCCCCUUGGAUUAAUAUUCAAAAACGAAAAUGUCAACGAGGACAUGUUAGGAAUUCUACAGCAGUUCCAUGGUUAUCUUCCUCAGACACCCAAUAGUGGCAUAGAUGGUCAACUAUUUUCAGGAGACCAGCUUACCGUUGAACGAGCAGUGAAUAUGACAUCCUCUGUGGCCAAUGGUUACACACCCAAAGACAGACUCGAAGGAAUCAACCUACGGCUGGGUGAUUGGCACACCGCUGUCAAACUACUCAGUGUGAGUAAAACAAUAUUUAAAAUCUAAAAGAUGAAUUAUUAUCUGUCAUAUUUUUGACAAAUUAAUAUUGAAGCUGAAAGACCAUAAUAUAAUUUUCAUUUUCUUUCAUUAUGAUUAAUAAGUGUAAACUGCAGCUUACAGCUUAUACUUCUUUGCAAGGAGUUUUAGGAGGGCUUAUAAACGGAGGGGCUUAUAUCCGAGGGGGGCUUUUAAGCGGAAUAGAAAUAGCGCCUCGAAAAAGGCUAUAGCAGAGCUGAUGAAAGUAUUGUACAGGUGUGCAAUUAAGCUGCAAACAAUCAUAAUAAAUCAACUUCAUGUCAAUAAAAUUUGGAACAGAAUAAGAGGGGGGCAUAUAUUGGGGGGGGGAGGCUUAUAAUUGAAUGAAUUUUUUUGUUUACAUGUGGAUGGGCCUAUAACCAGAAGGGCUUAUUUACAGUAUCCAAUAGCACUUUUAUUUAAUAAUCAUCGUCAUUCUGGCCCCAGUUCAUUCAAAACUUCAAGAACACUAACCACUGAAUAAUCCUCUACAUAUGGCUACUGGUUAAUUCCAUUGUUUUCCCUAACACUUAUCUGCUGGUUAUUGGUUUAUCAAUAUACUAUCAUUAGGUUCGGCACAUGAAAAGUUCAGCAUCUGAAGUCGUUCUAAAGUCGAAAUUCCUAGCCGGGCUAGGCGUGAAGAACAGCUGAGCCGUUGCAAAUUGAAAUAGGCAUUCCUAAUUGAUUCAGAUACCAAACUUUUCAUGUACUUAAUUCAAUGUAUUAGCUUCGGCUCAUGGAAAGAACGGCGUCUGAAUCGCACCUAACACUUUGAUGUUUCUUUUAUCAUCAGUUGAUUUAUGCCAGAUUCUACAGUGGAAAAUCUGCAACUGAUAGUUGCACCAUGUUUUCCGACCGCAACCUUAUUAACAGAAGAAAUGUUACUGGAGAUGUACAGUCAUCAUACCGGCCCGACAGAGACUUCCUGAGUGUAGUUUUCCAAUCAAGGGUAAUUACAGCGGCCAAUAAAGUCCUCGGAUUUGAAAACAAAAGUGGGAAGCCAUCAAAGGUUGACUUACCACCUAGAAUGGAUUUGCUGACGAAGUCAGAAAAACUGAAUUGCCUCCAUGAAUUAGCUGGCAAGGUUGUUGAUGCAUUUGUUUUUGACCAACAUUCUUCUGUCGAUGCUAUUGUAAACACUGUAGUGACAGAAACAGAGAAAGAAAACCUGCUGCGUCAACAGGAGUUAACAACCGAUGGCAGAUUUCCCUGUAGAUUUCCGGGAUGCACCAGUUCAUUUAAAUAUGAUGGAAAAAGCAGAAUCAUGAACUCAAGCAUGACCCACCAGUUCAAGUAG